CAGACGGGCCCGGCCGCCGGCGGGACAGGAGCGGCAGGGCCGCCCGCGCCGCGCUCCUGGUGCUGUGCCGGCCGGUGUGCUGCCGGGGGCCCGGCUGUCUGGGCUGCGUCCCCAUGGUCGCUGAGACGGCGCGGGGGCCAGCGGGGCGGCGCGGGGGCCGGAGCGCCUCGGGGCGCUGACGCCAAGAGGCCGCUGGGCCGCCGCUGCCCGGACCCUGGUGCUCCCCAGCUGGAGGAAGCCCCGAUACGCUGAUGGAUCUGAGGCCCUGCUCGCUGCUCCUGCUGUGCACGGUGGUGGUUGCCCUCGCUCUCCUGGCCCCAGAGGUGCUAGCCCAGCGUGUCUACACCAACACCUGGGCCGUUCUGGUCCCUGCAGGGCCCCAGGAGGCGGACAGGCUGGCCAAGAAGCAUGGAUUCCUCAACCUGGGCCCGAUCUUUGGCGACUAUUACCACUUUCGGCACAGUGGCGUAGUGAAGCGCUCGCUCUCGCCCCACCAGCCCCGGCACAGCCGCUUGGCCAGGGAGCCGCAGGUGCACUGGCUGGAGCAGCAGGUGGCAAAGCGCAGGACCAAGCGAGACGUCUUCAUGGAGCCCACCGACCCCAAGUUCCCGCAGCAGUGGUACCUGUACAACACAAACCAGCGGGACCUGAACGUGCGUCAGGCCUGGGAGCAGGGCUACACCGGCAAGGGCAUCGUGGUCUCCAUCCUGGAUGAUGGCAUUGAGAAGAACCACCCGGACCUGGAGGGCAACUAUGAUCCAGGGGCUAGCUUUGAUGUCAACGACCAGGACCCAGACCCGCAGCCCCGCUACACGCAGAUGAACGACAACAGGCACGGCACGCGCUGCGCCGGGGAGGUCGCUGCCGUGGCGAACAACGGGAUCUGCGGCGUCGGCGUGGCUUACAACGCCAGGAUCGGAGGCGUGCGCAUGCUGGAUGGGGAGGUGACUGAUGCUGUGGAGGCCCAUUCCCUCGGCCUCAAUCCCAACCACAUCCACAUCUACAGUGCCAGCUGGGGCCCCGAGGACGACGGGAAGACGGUGGACGGCCCGGCCCGGCUGGCGGAGGAGGCCUUCUUCCGAGGGGUCAGCCAGGGCCGUGGGGGACUCGGCUCCAUCUUCGUCUGGGCGUCCGGGAACGGGGGCCGCGAGCACGACAGCUGCAACUGCGACGGCUACACCAACAGCAUCUACACACUGUCCAUCAGCAGCACCACGCAGUACGGCAACGUGCCCUGGUACAGCGAGGCCUGUUCCUCCACUCUCGCCACCACCUACAGCAGCGGCAACCAGAACGAGAAGCAGAUCGUGACAACUGACCUGAGACAGAAGUGCACCGAAUCGCACACGGGGACAUCGGCCUCAGCCCCCCUUGCUGCCGGCAUCAUUGCCCUCGCCCUGGAGGCAAACAAGAACCUGACGUGGCGGGACAUGCAGCACCUGGUGGUGCAGACAUCGAAGCCGGCGCACCUCAACGCAAACGAUUGGGUCACCAACGGCGUCGGCCGCAAAGUCAGCCACUCCUACGGCUACGGCCUGCUGGAUGCUGGGGCCAUGGUGAGCCUGGCCAAGAACUGGACCACGGUGGGACCUCAAAGGAAAUGCGUCAUCGACAUCCUCACGGAGCCGAAGGACAUCGGGAAGCGCUUGGAGGUUCGGCGGAAGGUGGACGCCUGCUUGGGGAAGGCGAACUAUGUUAGCCGGCUGGAGCACGUGCAGGCCAGGCUGACGCUGUCCUACAACCGACGGGGGGACUUGGCCAUCCACCUCGUCAGCCCCAUGGGCACCCGCUCCACCCUCCUGGCCUCCCGGCCCCACGACUACUCGGCGGACGGCUUCAACGACUGGGCCUUCAUGACGACGCACUCCUGGGACGAGGACCCCGCUGGGGACUGGGUGCUGGAGAUCGAGAACACUAGUGAUGCCAACAACUACGGCACGCUGACCAAGUUCACGCUGGUGCUCUACGGCACGGCGACUGAGUCCCCAAGUCUCUCCAACCAGCUGGAGAGCAGCGGUUGCAAGACGCUGACAUCCAGCCAGACCUGCGUGGUCUGCGAGGAGGGGUACUACCUGCACCAGAAGAGCUGCUUGAAGCACUGCCCGCCGGGCUUCGCGCCCGGCGUCCAGAGCACACACUACACCCUGGAGAACAGCGUGGAGCCCAUCUCGCCCCACCUGUGCCUGCCCUGCCACCCCUCCUGCGCCACCUGCUCGGGGCCCACGGCCAACGAGUGCCUCACCUGCCCUGCACACUCGCACUUCAGCAGCCUCGACCUGUCCUGCUCCCACCAGACGCAGAGCAGCCGUGCGUCGCCUGCCCUGGCUGACGGCGAGGCGCUGACCGAGGCCCCCCCGCCUGCCAACCUUCCCGUCCUCAUUGCCAGCCUCAGCUGCCUCCUCAUCAUCGUCAUCUUUGUCACCGUCUUCCUGGCGCUGCAGCUGCGCUCGGGCUUCAGCCUGCGGGGCGUGAAGGUCUACGCCCUGGACAGCGGCAUCAUCUCCUACAAGGGGCUGCCCUCGGAUGUGUGGCAAGAGGAGGGCCCCUCCGACUCGGACGGUGAGGAGUACGAGGCUCACAGUGAGAGGACUGCCUUCAUCAGAGACCAAAGUGCCCUUUGAUGAGCCCUCUGGCCCCUCCAUCCUGCCCGGCACCGGGGCCGGCCAGGCAGAGGGGCCCGGACUCUGCUCCCGUCCGCUCCCCAGGGCUCCAGCUGCUCCAGAGGCCCUGCUGCCGCCGUCCCGUGCUCGGCACCAUCCUGCGGCAUGGGGCUGCUUCGGGGGCCCCGCUGCCGCCAUCCCGUGUCUGGCACCGUCCUGGGGCCUAGGCUGCUCCUGGGGGCCCCGCUGCCACCGUCCCACACUCGGCACCGUCCGGGGGCCCCACUGUCGCUGUCCCGCACUUGGCACUGUACUGGGGCUCAGGCUGCUCUGGGGGCCCCACUACCGCUGUCCCGUGUCUGGCACCACCCCCUAGCCUGGGCUGCUCCGGGAGCCCUGCUGCUGCUGUCCCAUGUCUGGCACCAUCCCACAGCCUACGCUGAUCCAGGGGCCCUGCUGCUGCCAUCUCUUGCUUGGCACCGUCCUGGCUUUGCACCGCCGAUCCAGGCCCUGUGUCUGUCCUGCACUAGGCGCUGGUGAGGUUGGGGGCCGCGGCGGCCCUCACCGUUGCUGGCCUGCGCUGGCAGCCGGAGCCCUGCCCGGGCGUCUGCUGGCUGGGGUUGCAGCACAGGGCAGGGGGCUCUGCCCUGCGCCAGCUGGGCCACGGGGUCCCUCUGUCCCCGCAGCCCCUGGCACCCGCCUGGCCCCAGCUGCCUCCGUCUGCCCGUGCCCUUCAACAGCAAUAAUGGCCAGGCCUGGGCUGUCACUGCCUGCUUCCCGCUGCCUCCCCCUCCCUGCUGCCACGGCAGGGACGUGGUGCCUCGCUGCCCUGCAGGGCAGUGGGGACGGUGCCCCGGCCCGUGCCCAAUCUGUGCCAUGCCGUGCCGCACCCAGCUCAGCCCUCCACGCACGGGUGUGCUGCCGGUGCCUGGGCACCGCUCGGUGCCGGGGGCAGCUCUGCCCCGUGCUCCUGCCCGUGCGGGGACGUGGCCCUUCCUGCGGCAGCGCCCCAGCACGCUUCCCCUGCCCCCCGACGUGCCUUGCCCCCCUCAGUGACAAUCUGUCUGCCCCUAGUCGGAGCCCCUGGGGCUGGGCCGGGGCCGUGCACCCCCUCCGCAGCCCCCGCGCACGGGGGCUGCGCCGCCCCACAGUGAUGGCGCCCACCGCCAGCCCCGGCACGGUGUCACCCGCCGGGGGCCACAGGACUAUUUUUCUAUAAUAACUUUUUGGUGCACAGUAAUUUUUUCUUGUAAUUUAAUCAGCCAGGAGCUGCCUCCUGAGCCUGUUUUUAAUUUAAUGGAUGUGGAUAUAACGCUAGAGAGACUGAGUUAUUAAAUGUUCAGAACUAUGCAAACCAGC